UCCCCUCUUCAUCGUCCUCCUCACCUUGCCGAUUGGCGCCGCCGUUAGGCUUUCCGGCAUUGCUUUUCCGCUCACCGCCGCAUCUUCUUCCCGAUUAGGUCCAUUUAGAAAGGAACCGGACCGCCAACCAGGUUGAAGCCACCGGGAUUUUUUUGACUGAACCGCCGGGUUUUUGUGAACCACAAGUCGGCUGUGAUUUGCAAAUUAGCCAAUCCUCCAUCCGUGGUUUGGUUGUGUUUUUAUCUAUAAACCGCACUGAACUGCCUCGUGCACACCCCUAGUGCUACCCGACUCAUGGUCCUUCCGUUCCAUGAGUACAGAGUUCAUAUCCUGUUGAGUUGAAUGGAGAUUGGAGAUGUUGGUUCACUGCAUUCCAAAUCAAUGGGAACUAGAGUGGACAAAACUAUUUCAACUAGUAUACAUACAAAGGCCUGUGUCUAAACAUCAUUGUCGCUAUGGCACUCACACAAUUUUCUUUGAAUUAUUACUUCCCAAGUUCCAGUUGCUAUUCUUCACCGUCUCUAAGCUUUCUCCUAUUUCACCCACAAACCCAAUCUUCAAAUAGUUUCAGAUCUCUGAAGUUCAGAGUGUCUUGUUCUCAACAGACCAUUCAACUUGAAACCCCACAAGACAACUCCACAAAGAGGAAGAGAAAGCCAAGACCAAGUUUCUUUGAUCAAAUUCGCGACAAAUGGUCUAUGAAAACCCCGUCCUUGAGAGAGAAACUUCCAUGGCAAGAACAAGAACAGAAACAGAGCGAACCAAUUGAAGACGAUGAAGAAGGUCAGUGCCAUCAGUCGUUUGGGGUUACUGUAAUUGAGUCAGAACCUGAUAAGGACCCUUCAGUGAGUGACCUGAGUUUUGUUCCCACUAAUCGUGUAGUUCCAGCUCCUUGGAUUCAUGGAAGCAAACCCAACAAAUCCCAGUUUGGUUCUGUUUCCAAAAAUUUACAAGACAGUUGUGAAAACGACAAAACGAUUGAUGAGUUUCACAAUCACUGCGAAGACAAUGUUUUGAGUAAUGUUGCUCGAGAAUCAGAGAAUUUGGAAACUCAAGUUAAUUUUGAUGGCAAAUUUAAUUAUAGAGGAGUUGUUGACACUAAUGACACCCCAAUUGAGUUAACCGAGAAGAAGGUGGCAUUACCGAUUGAGGACAUCAAAAGGGUCUCUUUUGAUGGGAAGUCGUUCAGUUUUGAUCAGGAAGGUCAUAGUUUUGACGGUUCCAGUGGUAAGAUUGAUUCAAUGACAUUACCGUGGGCGAGAAAGAGUGAUUUGGGAUCUGUAGAUGGUGAUAGGUUGAGGAAGAGAAACACAAUCCUGCCGGAGAAAUUAAUACCAGAAAACGAAUUGAAGAGGCUUAGGAAUGUGGCUUUGAGGAUGGUAGAGAGGAUCAAAGUUGGAGCUGCCGGUGUUACGCAGGCAUUGGUGGACUCCAUCCAUGAGAAGUGGAAGGAAGAUGAAGUGGUGAAAUUAAAAUUUGAAGGGCUUCCUACACUUAACAUGAAAAGGAUUCACGAAACUCUAGAGAGUAGAACUGGAGGCUUGGUAAUAUGGAGAUCGGGAAGUUCAGUUGUGGUAUACAGGGGAAUGACCUAUAAGCUUCCUUGUGUUCAAUCAUAUACCAAACAGAAUCAAGUUAAUACAAAGAGUUUGCAUUCUUCAAAAGAUAUAGUGGGUGAUCUUCCUCCGAGAAUUGGAUUGAAGGAUUCUGUUAGAACAACAGAAUCAUUGGUUUCCAAUUCUGCAAGAUAUUUGAAGGAUUUAUCUGAAGAAGAAAUAAUGGAUUUAAGUGAGCUCAACUAUCUAUUAGAUGAGCUAGGUCCACGAUUUAAAGAUUGGUCAGGCCGCGAACCAUUGCCUGUUGAUGCUGACUUGCUUCCUUCUGUGGUUCCUGGAUACAAACGCCCGUUCAGACUACUUCCUUAUGGAACAAGACAUGGUUUAAGAGAUAAGGAUAUGACAUUUUAUCGGAGAACUGCAAGAACAAUGCCUCCGCAUUUUGCCCUUGGAAGAAGCAGAGAACUGCAAGGUCUGGCGAUGGCUAUGGUGAAGCUAUGGGAAAGAAGUGCCAUUGCCAAGAUAGCCAUCAAACGUGGUGUACUAAAUACUUGUAACGAAAGGAUGGCAGAAGAACUCAAGAUAUUGACAGGUGGAACACUGUUGUCGAGGAACAAGGAUUAUAUUGUGUUUUAUAGGGGUAAUGACUUUUUGCCUCCUGUUGUGACAAAGACAUUGGAUGAAGCUCAGAAACUAGCAGCAUUGCAACAAGAUGAGGAAGACCAAGCACGGUGGAAGGCAUCGACCUUGAUUCAUUCAAAUACCAAAGCCAAUAAUGGCCUUCUUGUUGCGGGAACACUUGCUGAGACCAUGGCAGCGACCUCACAAUGGGGAAACCAACCUAGCAGCCAAGAUAUAGAGAAAAUGAAGAGAGAUGCAGCUGUGUCUAGACAUGCUUCACUGGUCAGAUAUCUUGAGAAGAAGCUUGCUCUUGCAAAGGGAAAGAUCAAAAAGGCUGAGAAGGCUUUGGAAAAAGUGCAGAAGGCUCUGAAACCAGCAGAGCUCCCUACUGAUUUAGAAACCAUUAGCGACGAGGAGAGAUUUUUAUUUCGUAAGAUUGGCCAGAGUAUGAAACCAUUUUUGCCUCUAGGGAGGCGAGGAAUGUUUGACGGUACAAUAGAAAAUAUACACUUGCACUGGAAGUAUAGAGAGCUAGUGAAGAUAAUUGUGGAAAGAAAAAGCCUUUCACAAGUCAAGCAUAUUGCAGUCUCUCUUGAGGCUGAGAGUGGUGGUGUGCUAGUCUCUUUAGAUAAAACAACUAAGGGGCAUCUGAUUAUACUCUACCGUGGGAAGAACUACCAACGUCCCCGUGCAAUGAGGCCCAGGAAUCUCUUAACGAAAAGGCAGGCAUUAGCUCGGUCAAUUGAACUCCAGAGACGUGAGGCACUAAAGUAUCAUAUCUCAGACGUAACACAGAGCAUUGAGAAACUAAAGUCCGAGCUAGAAGAUAUGAAGGCUGUCGAGGAGAUUGAUGAGGAAACUUUCUACUCAAGGGUGGAUAAUGCAUCCUCUUCUGAUGAUGAGAUGGAAGAGGACGAAGAUGAAGACGAAUAUGAAGAUGAAGAGGCAUACCUUGAAAUAUAUGACAGUAGCAAUGAGGAUAGUGACAUAUAAAACAAAGAGAACCUAUUACUUUUGCAAUUUGCUAGUCAUAAGAAAGUGAAAUUUUGUUUGCCAUCACUGUAGGAACAUUUACUCCUUAAAUACAUGUAACUGUUACUGUAGAUAGAGGGCGCAAUCAAACCUGUUGCUUGUAUAACUGAAUUUUUCGCUGUAAAUUAUGGCUGUAGUUUCAUGUAUCA